CCCAAAGACGCCACCGCCGCAACGAUGAGCCAGCAGCGAUGACGAAACGCCUCGCGGCCGCAUGGCUCCUACAAGCCGCGCAUGCGACGGACUACUGGAUGGCCUGGCCGGAUCACUAUGCGCGCGGCGGCGGCCUGGGGAAUCAACUGGAACAGCUACUCGGCCGCGUGCAGUGCGCCGGCGACGCGACGCGGACCCUGGUGCUGCCCGAUUUGAGGGCGGACCGGUCUUCGAUGCGAGGCGACGCGCGGCACCACGCCUUCGAGGAUGUGUUCGACGUCCCUCGCUUACGAACCGUCGCGAACGUGGCGACGUGGCGCGCCAUGCUGCAUGAUUGUGAGGGUGUUAGUUUCGUCGUGGAAGGCGACGAGCACACGUGCGACGCUUUUUCUCCGCCGGCGGCGUACGCGUUCAGCCUGAUGAAAAAACACGCGCGCGCGUACGCGGCGCCUUCGCUCGUGCAGACGUGCGUCGUGGCCCCGGGCGCCGUCGCCUUGAAUAAAUUACCGCGCUGCGCCGUCGGCGUUGAUGUGAGGGAGUUCCUGCUGCUGGGGCCGUGCCACCAAGAGGCUUAUAAGCGUUCCGCGUUCAAGAGCGCUAGGCCCUGCCGCGGCCUGGACGUCGCUUCGAGUCCGUGUAGAGCCGGCUUCCGCUGGGACUCGGCACUCAACGCCUCUUCAUCAUUUCUCGGGCUCGUCGCGCCGCGACGCGAAAAGACGCACCUCGCGCCCUGCGCGGCGCACGCCUUGGGGCGCCUCGACGCGUCGGAACCGCGCGCGCGCGCUCUACUCACAGCGCUGCGCGCCUCCUCACAACUCCAGACCGUCGUCGCGCACGCCAUGAAAUCUACGGGCACCUACGACGCCGUGCAUGUCCGAUUGGGCGACUUCGGCUCUUUAUGUGCCAAACGACCCAAGUUCUGCCCGCCGUCGGACGCCGACCUCGCCCGCGUCUUCGCGGUGCUCGACGCUCUCAACAAUCCCGCGCCGGUGCUCCUGCUCUCGGACGACCCCAAUAGGGCGCGGGACGCCCUGGGGAAUUCGAGAGUGCGGCCCGUCUCUGAAAUACUGAACGCGUCCUUGGGGGAGGCGUCCGCGCCGGGCCGCGUGGCCGCGGAGAUGGACCUCGCCGUGGGCGCGCGGCUCUUCGUCGGCGUCGCGUGCUCGACGGUGUCGCAAUUAAUAGUGAAGCGGCGGGAGGCGCUCGGGCGGCCCUUUAUGCUGUGGCCCUGAUAUAUCCGUUUGUGUUGUGG